CUUAAGAAUAACUGAUACAAGUUUUACUGCAUUCUUAUCGAUGGAAGAUACAUUGGGUUUAGAAGACAAACAGUCGACACAAAGUUGGCAAUUGGUUGAUGAUGGUGAUCUAUCAAGAACUGACGUUUCACGCGGAUUGAAUUGGAGUCAUUUGCAAGUGAUACCGAAGCAUGAAAUACCUUCCGAUCGACCUGCUAUUCCAGCUACAUUUAUGGAAAAAUUAUCGUUUUUUCGGGCUUAUGCCUCUUCAGUGAGUAAAUUAGAAUUACUGUGUGAGCAACAAAACAGUGUUCAAAGAUUUCUUUGGUUUUAUGUCUUCAACGUUCUCUGUAAGAGUCUACCGAUGACUUAUAUCUAUUUAUUCCUAAGCACCUACUCACCUGAUCAUCAUUUAUUUUUACCGAAAAUGAUGCCACUCUUAUAUGAUAAAGAUGAAAACCAGUUUAUAAAUUCAUAUGAAGAGCGAUUGAUUUGGAAGGAGAGACAAAUUUUGUUAGUUAUUAUAUUUUCCUUGUGGAUAUCAGCUGCGUGCUUACGAAACCAUAUAUCAAAACACUACACUUGGAAGAUUUUACACCGGGCACAACUAGCACUCUGUGUUAUAUAUGGAUUAUCAUUUAUACAUUUAAUAAUUACUUACACCGAUCGACCUAUCAACUAUAUAGAACAUGAUUUAAACAAUAUGUUAAUGCUCGCUGAUUUUGAUUUGCUUGCUGAAUCAAUGACUGCUCCUCCAGUGGCUCAUAUAAUAUUUUCAAGAAGCGGUGAUAAGGUCGAUCCAAGCCUUGAUAGUGCCUUGAUUAAUUUAUCGAAUUCAGUCUUCUACAUAUCUAGAGCAGUGACGAGUUAUUUAUGUAAAAAAUACGGAGAAAAUUGGGUAAACGCUUCAAUAAUAUAUUUUUCUUAUGGCAGUACAUCGGUGAUUUUUACUUGGCCGAUAUAUUUUUCUACAUUAUACGGAGGAGAACUAUUUGUCCUCUUAUUCUUGGCUUUAAACGCCAUUGUGGACUACUUUACCUGUGCGCACGGGAAGAAGGUCCUGCGGCAGGGCAUAUCUGCCCGGCAGGCGCAUAUGAUACGGGGCUACUUCGCGGAUAUGUGCGAGAUCCAAUGCAUCGGUGCGCCGGAACAUGGCCCGACUGAGACGAAUUAUGAAAUCGUAGAGGCUCUCCAUGCAAUAACUGAUACAAGUUUUACUGCAUUCUUAUCGAUGGAAGAUACAUUGGGUUUAGAAGACAAACAGUCGACACAAAGUUGGCAAUUGGUUGAUGAAGGUGAUCUAUCAAGAACUGACGUUUCACGCGGAUUGAAUUGGAGUCAUUUGCAAGUGAUACCGAAGCAUGAAAUACCUUCCGAUCGACCUGCUAUUCCAGCUACAUUUAUGGAAAAAUUAUCGUUUUUUCGGGCUUAUGCCUCUUCACUCGCUGAUUUUGAUUUGCUUGCUGAAUCAAUGACUGCUCCUCCAGUGGCUCAUAUAAUAUUUUCAAGAAGCGGUGAUAAGGUCGAUCCAAGCCUUGAUAGUGCCUUGAUUAAUUUAUCGAAUUCAGUCUUCUACAUAUCUAGAGCAGUGACGAGUUACUUAUGUAAAAAAUACGGAGAAAAUUGGUUGAUCACAUUUCAAUGUAUUGUACAAAUUUUCGUAACUGAGUGGGAGCAAAUGAAACCCUGGUGUGCUGCUUGUAUUAUUUUGGCGGCAGGAGUGGCAGCAUAUUUUACAAGUACAUUGUUCAUCGAAUUUGGAUUUAUAUUUUGGACGUGCUUGUCAACACUCUCGGAAACAAUAAUUAUAUUUUGGUUAUAUCCUAUGGGUAGAUUGGUCGAUGACAUAACAUUCCAUUUUGGAGUUCCACCAACUAGACUGAGAAUAUGGAGUUUAUUUGUUCUCCCAAUCUUUUAUUCCAUUAAGUCUUACAUAGUUAUAGACACCUAUUUAAACAGUGAAUUUAAUGAACCCACUUUGAACUUUCAAACAUUGACCAUUAUUAUACAGUCUUUUUUGCUAGUAUUUGGAGCAUUUUAUGUUUAUUAUUACUAUAUUCAUAAGAAAAAGCAGAGAAUAUUAAGUCUUUUAACUCCAGUAGCUGAUUGGGGCCCUAGAAGUUAUAACCUCAGAGAGCUGAGGAAGAAAUUUGAUUCAAGAAUGUACGUACGGUCUCAAGCACCAAGAGAUCUCAGUCGCAAUUUAAUCGAUAAGACAGAAAAGACAUCAUACAAAUUGGACAUUAUUUACGAAGAGAGGAAACGAAGAGUAACGUUUGAAGGGUUUAAAUAAUGUAUAGCUUGACUAUUUUAAUAAUAUUUUUUUCUGU